GUUGACAAAGGUGUCGUUCCUCUGGCGGGAACAUGCGGGGAAACCACCACGCAAGGUCUGGAUGGUUUGGCGGAGCGCUGUGCGCAGUAUAAAAAGGAUGGAGCUGUGUUUGCAAAGUGGCGUUGCGUGCUCAAAAUCAGUGACUCCAAUCCAUCAAAACUGGCAAUCACAGAAAAUGCAAAUGUUCUUGCGCGCUGCUCGAGCAUCUGCCAGCAGAAUGGCAUUGUGCCCGUCAUUGAGCCAGAGAUUUUACCUGAUGGUGAUCACGACCUGAAACGGUGCCAGUACGUCACAGAGAAGGUCCUGGCUGCAGUGUACAAAGCCAUGUCAGACCACCAUGUCUAUCUGGAAGGCUCUCUGCUCAAACCCAACAUGGUCACUCCUGGACACAGCUGCCCCACCAAGUACAGCCCAGAGGAGGUGGCAAUGGCAUCUGUCACCGCCAUGCGCCGCACCGUUCCCCCGGCCGUACCGGGGAUUUGCUUCCUGUCUGGAGGUCAGAGUGAAGAAGAGGCCUCUGUCCACCUGAACGCCAUCAACAACUGCCCUCUGGCCAAGCCCUGGGUCCUGACGUUCUCGUUCGGCCGGGCCCUGCAGGCGUCGGCCCUUAGAGCCUGGAGAGGACACAAGGAGAACGAAAAAACAGCCACGGAGCAGUUUGUUAAGCGAGCAGAGGUGAACAGUUUGGCAUGUCAGGGGAAAUACAGCGGCGGUGAUAACUACGGCGAAGCCGGCCAUCGCAUCUUCGGCUCCUGCCAUGCUUACUGAACAAAGACAUAAUUUUUAAGCUUUAUGUUUUAUUUAUUAUGCUAUAUCCCCAGUCAAUAGUACAGUAGAGACUUAGACUAGAUGAAAUAGGCGAUGUGUGAAUAUGUUGAAUGAAAACAGCUGACUGUUUUAUUGGGAUGUUUAAUGAAGACAAUCAGGAAUGUAAUCAGGACUUCUCAUGUCUGAAGGAAAUGUCUACUUCCUCUGCAUAAUGUGUGUGUAAAGUAAUGCAGUGCUCAAACAGUCAAUUCUUUAAUCCUAUGAGAAUAUUGACCUGAUAGCACGGACUACAGUUUACAUCAAAUGGUGUCAGUUGCUAAUUAUGUGAUCAAACGGAUGAAUCUCUUCAUCCCCUUGUCUGAAAAUCUCUAUUGCUUCUCUGAGUUGAAUGAACCUGCUUUGCUUAGCGUUUAGCACUGGUUGUUCAGAGGUAAAAACAAUAACGCCUGGCAUUAGCUUUGAGCUAACGAGCCCCUGCGCUCCCUGCUGACCUCUGAAUGCAUCAGGCUCUCAGUCAUAGGAAUAUGACUCUGUACAAUAAACAUCAAAUGCAAUAAAAAUGCUUGUCGGUUGAA